AUCUUUGAACCAAGGCCCGACUGGUAUGCGACUGCAUUGCCUGAAUUGCCCGUAUCCACAUCCGCUCAACCACCUGCCCAAAGAUUGGUCGACGAAAUUUACGAUUAUGCCUACACUCUGCUCGAGUCCGAAAACACGAACUAUGCUGCCAACAACAACUCUGCCUCUUCGUCACACAAGUUCUUGUCCACCAUCAUGGCCUCCGGUACCCUUGAGGAUAAAAUUUCAGCCCUGACCCUGCUGGUACAGGAGUCACCGCUACACAACACUAAAGCUUUCGAGACAUUGCUCGGUCUGGCAAGAAAGAAGAGUAGGAAUCAGGCUCUCAUGGCUGUCGCUGCCAUCAAGGAUUUGCUGGGUCAGGGUGAUGUCCUUCCUGGUGACCGCAAGCUCCGCGCUUUCACAAAACAGCCUGCUUUGGCCAAGGCCCUCGAUGAGCACCACACUAUCUGGCGAGUUGGCAGUCCUUUGCCAAAGGGUCUUGAGAAGACCCACCUUAUCUACUGGGCAUUCGAGGACUGGUUGAAGAAGCAAUACUUUGAGCUUUUGAAGAUUCUGGAGAGUUGGUGCAGUGACGAGGUUGAAUACGCAAGAAGCAGAUCGAUCACAUACGUCUGGGAGUUGUUGAGAGACAAGCCCGAACAAGAGGAGAACCUUUUGAGGUUGUUGGUGAACAAGCUCGGUGACAAGGACAAGAAGAUCGCCUCACGCACAUCAUAUCUCCUGCUGCAGCUGGAAAACACCCAUCCGGCCAUGAAGGGUAUUAUCGUCAGUGCCAUCGAGACCGAAUCGCUCUUCCGUCCUGGACAAGCCGCUCAUGCAAAGUACUACUCCAUCAUCACCCUCAACCAAACUAUUCUCAGCGUCAAGGAGCCUGAAGUCGCCAACAAGCUGCUCGACAUCUACUUUGGCCUCUUUAUUCAGUUCUUAAAACCUAGAUCACAUGCCAAGGUCAAGGCUCAAAAAGUUCAAGGCGGUGGCGGAAAGGCUGGCAAGAUGGCCGCAAAGAAGGCAAAGGCUUUGGAGCAGGCUGAUGCUGCUGACAGCGAACUCAACGAGAAGAUGAUUACCGCCGUUCUGACUGGUGUCAACCGUGCUUUCCCCUUCGCCAAAACCGAUGACCCUACCUUUGAACAGCACCUCGAUACCAUUUUCCGCGUCACCCACUCAUCCAACUUCAACACCAGCAUCCAGGCCUUGAUGCUGAUUCAACAGAUUUCUGCCACCAAGCACUUCUCAGCUGACCGAUUCUACCGCACACUCUACGAAUCUCUCCUCGACCCUCGCCUCAUCACCUCGUCCAAGCAGAUCAUGUACCUCAACCUUCUCUUCAAGUCGCUUAAAUCCGAUGUCAACGUCAAGCGCGUACAGGCUUUUGUCAAGCGCUUGCUACAAACAAUCACCAUGCACGAAGCACCAUUCGUCUGUGGUGUCUUGUACCUCAUCAGCGAGCUCGAAACCACUUUCCCCACAAUCAGAAACAUGAUCCGUGAGCCGGAGGCCGACCCCGAGGAUGAAGAGGAACACUUUGUUGAUGCACCUGAAGAUGGAGCUGACAAGGCAGAAGAGUUGGCACGGGAACAGACAGUCCCUGCAGUGCGCUACGAUGCACGGAAGAGAAAUCCUGAACACAGCAACGCUGACCGCAGUGCCCUGUGGGAAGUCCUGCCAUUACUUUCUCACUUCCAUCCGUCGGUCGCAAUUUUCGCUGAGGCACUGGUCAACCAGACCACGCUACCACCCAAGCCCGAUCCUACCAAGCACACAUUGAUGCACUUCCUGGACAGGUUCGUUUACCGCAACGCAAAGACCAAGGGAGCCACAACAACACGUGGAGCAUCCAUCAUGCAGCCUAUGUCAGGAUCCAAUGCCGCAGACGUACUCAUCAAAGAUCGUGCCGACCCUACUCACCGCAUUCCUCUCAACUCGGACGCUUUCUGGAAAAAGAAGGUCGAAGACGUUGCAGCCGACGAGGUCUUCUUCCACGACUACUUCACCAAGAUCAAUAACGCCAAGCCUACCAAGAAGGACAAGAAGAAGCAGAAGGAGGCUGCUGACAGCGACGCGGAGAGCGAUGCCGACGAGGAUGAGAUCUGGAAGGCCCUUGUCGAGUCAAGACCUGAGAUUGAGGGCGAUGACGGCGAUGACGACGACGACCUCGACAUGGAAGAUCUCGAAGAAGGCUACUCAGAUAGCGAGGAGGGCGAUGGUGGUGUCGAGAUUGGCGAGUUUGCUGAAGACGACAUGGAUGAGGCAGACUUGGGAUCUGAUAUGGAGGAUGAUGUGGAAGAUGACGGCUUCGAAGGACUGGAGAGUGGCGAUGAAGACGCCAUGCUCGGCGACGACGAAGACCUACCAUCUGACUUUGAAGGACUGGGAGACGACACAGAAGAGAAGGACGAGAAGAAGGACAAGUCGGAAGAGAAGAAGAAAAAGAAGAGGAAGCUCAAGCACCUGCCGACAUUUGCGUCAAUGGACGACUAUGCCAAGCUGCUGGGUGCAGACGACGAGGACAUGUAG